AAGUGCUUGGAGUGUGGGAAGAGCUUCAGGCAGAGCAGCACCCUGAUCAGCCACCAGAUGAUCCACACUGGGGAAUGGGCCUACGAGUGUGGGGAGUGUGGGAAGGGCUUCAGCUGCAGCUCAAAACUUGUCAGGCAUCAACGCAUCCACACUGGGGAGAGGCCCUACGAGUGUCCUGACUGUGGGAAGAGGUUUCACACCAGCUCGAAUCUCCUCUGCCACCAGCAGAUUCACACAGAUGAGAGGCCCUUCCGCUGCUCUGACUGCGGGAAGGGCUUCAAGUACAACUCCUACCUCAUGAAGCACCAGCGCAUCCACACUGGGGAGAGGCCCUACGAGUGUCCCCAGUGUGGGAAGAGGUUUCACAUGAGCUCCUGUCUCCUCCAGCACCAGCGCAUUCACACGGAUGAGAGGCCCUUCCACUGCCCUGACUGCGGGAAGGGCUUCAACUGCAACUCCUACCUUGUCACCCACCGGCGUAUCCACACUGGGGAGAGGCCCUACGAGUGUCCCCAGUGUGGGAAGAGCUUCAGACACAGAAUUUGCAUUUCUCACCAUCAUCAGCUUCCUGAUGGGGAGAAGCCUCACAAGCGCUUGGAGUGUGGGAAGAGCUUCAGGCAGAGCAGCAAUCUUGUCCGCCACCAGAUGAUCCACACUGGGGAAUGGCCCUAUGAGUGUGGGGAGUGUGGGAAGGGCUUCAGCUACAGCUCAGAACUCGUCAGGCACCAACGCAUCCACACUGGGGAGAGGCCCUAUGAGUGUCCUGACUGUGGGAAGAGGUUUCACACCAGCUCCAAUCUCCUCCUGCAUGAGCGGAUUCACACGGAUGAGAGGCCCUUCCGCUGUCCUGACUGCGGGAAGGGCUUCAACCGCAACUCCCACCUCGUCACCCACCGGCGAAUCCACACUGGGGAGAGGCCCUAUGAGUGUCCCCAGUGUGGGAAGAGCUUCACCCAGAGCUCGCACUUGACGAGACACCAACGGAGGCAUCGUUAA